AUGGCACCAGAGCGCACAGUUUCCGUGUUCCUGCAGCGCCCCAUCGACGCCGACCGGAAGCUCCUGUCGGAUCUCCUCUCGCGCGCGAAACUCGAAGCCCAUAGUGGCUCAUUUCGACGCUUCCUCUCGGGCUGGGAGGUCGAGAACGAGGAGCACCGGGAGGUGACCUUGCCGACUGGCGCGCCCGCCGGUCUUCGGCAUGUGCUGGGAAUUAUUCAGACACAUGGAGGUAAAGAGAACCUCUUUAUCAAUGUCGCUGGGAUGACUGUUACUCGCGCCGUCGCAAUCUGGGAGGCUUGCGAUCUCCUCGACAUGCAGCCGAAAUCUGCGACGGAAAAGCUCAUGGGGCAUAUCUGCUGGACCGUUGCGCAUGAGAAGGUUUCGAGAGAGGUGAUGGAGAAGGUUGAUACGGUCUUUUGUCCGAGCAUCUGUCCGGAAGAUCCUGACCGCCGUCGUCCUUGGGACACGAUGGUCCACCAGUAUGCCUGGGAUCUUGUCCACGGACUUUACACGCUCGAAGAACAAGAAGCACUCGAGGCUUUGUAUCAAAAACUCCCAGAGCUCAGCGCUGCCAUUGCAAUCAAGGAACCCGAGCUUCGCGCCAAGAAGCAACUCCAUGACGAGCAUCAAGCAUUGAAUAUGAAGCGUAACAGCGGCAGUGCAAGGAGGAAAGCAGCUCGCGCCAGAAAGGAUAAGGCCAAAUUGCUCGAAGAGGCAGAGGAUGUCAAGGCUGGAUUGAAGGAGUGGCGACCAGAGUUGGAGCCGUACCUCCGUCAGACUUGGAAGACGUACGGUAAGUCUGCCAAGCCAACCACGUACGGGAUGGACGACGUGCAGAGCCGUAAAUCCGCCAAGAAGGUGGCUGCAGGCAGGUCGAAGUUGAAGACUGUGGAGGAGGUGGCGGAGAACUGGGACGACUUUGAGUAG